AAAUUCUGCCCAGCCUGACUAUCACUCCUGACACACAGCUCCUGCUUCUGCAGGCUCAUCCUCACAGGGGGCUGCCUCAGAGACCCUCCCCACCAGCAUAGGGGCUGAUUGCAGGACUGGAUCCCUAGUGAUACAUUUUUACACUAAAGCCUCCAGGGGUGAAAUUGUGCAAACAGCACGAGUCAUUUCCAGGCAAGGAAACACCCCCUUGCUGCUGUAGGCGGGCCAUAGUGUGAAUUCAGGAAAUUGAAACUUACCCUGUUCCACUGCCCAGAGGGAGCCAUGGCUGCAGAGAGCCCCGUAGAAAGUCUCCAGGAGGAAGCGACAUGUCCCAUCUGUCUGGAGUAUUUCACAGAACCUGUCACUCUGGAGUGUGGGCACAAUUUCUGCCGAGCCUGCAUCAGCCAGUGCUGGGAGGGAUCCGAUACAGCCGCCUCCUGCCCUCAGUGCAGAGAAACUGUGCAGCAGAGAAACCUCAGGCCCAACAGGCAGUUGGCAAAUGUCUUAGAAAUCGCCAAGCGGUUGAGUUUACAGGCAGCAAAGGGAGCAGGAGGGGACGGGGUGUGUGAGAGACACCAGGAGGCUCUGAAACUGUUCUGUGAAGAGGAUCAAACCCCCAUCUGUGUGGUGUGCGACAGAUCCCGGGCUCACCGCGCUCACAGGGUGGUUCCCAUACAGGAGGCUGCCCAGGAGUACAAGGAAAGAAUCCAGGUACAUUUGAAGACUCUGAGGAAAGAGAGAGAAAAGCUGCUGGGAUUGAAAGCGACUGGAGAGGGGAAUAGCCAGGAGUAUCUGAAACAAAUACAAACCGAGAGGCAGAAGAUUGUGUCUGAAUUUCAGCAACUGCGGGAGUUCCUGGAGGAACAAGAGCGACUCCUUCUGGCCCAGCUGGAGAAGCUGGAUGAGGAGAUUGUGAGGAUCCAGAAUGAAAAUGUCAGUAAACUCUCCGAGGAGAUUUCCCAUCUCAGUGAGCUGAUCAGUGAGCUGGAGGGGAAGUGUCAGAAGCCAGCAAGUGAAUUCCUGCAGGAUAUUAGAAGCACCUUGAGCAGGUGUGAGAAGGGGAAGUUCCAGCAGCCAGAGGAGAUUUCUCCUGAACUGGAAGAGCGAGUCAGUGGUUUCUCCCAGAAAACAAUUGUGCUAUCAGAGACUCUGGGGAAGUUCAAAGGCACUCUGCCGUCUGCACUAGAGACAAAAAGAGGAGGAUCACUAGAAACAUUCAGACAGGUGAAUGUGACUCUGGAUCCAGACACGGCCCAUCCCAAACUCGUCCUGUCUGAGGAUCGGAAAAGUGUGACGCGGGGAGACACACGGCAGCAGCUGUCCAACACCCCUGAGAGAUUUGACACUGCACCGUGUGUGCUGGGCUGUGAGGGAUUCACCUCGGGGAGACAUUGCUGGGAGGUGGAGGUCAGGGGUGGGCGAUUCUGGUCUGUGGGGGUGGCCAGAGAGUCUGUGAGGAGGAAGGGAGGGAUCAGCCGUAGCCCUGAGGGGGGGGUCUGGGCUGUGGAGUGCUGGGGGGGUCAGUUCCAGGCUCUGACCUCCCCUGUGACCCUCCUGCCCCUGAGCCGGGUCCCCAGCAGGAUCCGGGUUUGUCUGGACUGUGACCGGGGGCAGGUGACAUUUAUCGAUGCUGGUGACGAGGCCCCGAUCUUCACUUUCCCGCCGGGCUCCGUCCCUGGGGGGAGAAUCCGACCCUGGCUCUGGGUGGGGGGAUCCCGGCUCAGCCUGUGUCCCUGAGAGACACAGCAGAGGGGGGAACCGGAAAUCAGCCCCUCUAGCCUCAUGGACCCCAGUCUCUAUGACCUUGGAGGACCCCCAUCUACCCAGAACCUGGUUCCUCAUCUCUAUGACCUGUGGCAGCCCCUCCCUUUCCCUGCUAGGAUGACCAGAUGUCCAGAUUUUAUAGGGACUGUCCCGAUUUUGUGUCUUUUUCUUAUAUAGGCUCCUAUUUCCCCCCUAGCUGCCUCCCGAUUUUUCACACUUGCUGUCUGGUCACUCUAUUCCCUGCAUUCCCCAGGAUGCGUCCGGGGGGAAGGGAGAACCCCUGGGGCUGCAGGAGGGGUAGAGAGGCCCUGAAGGGGAGGGGGUUGGGCAGAAGGCUGAACUAACAGCCAGACUGGGGACAGGUGCAGGUGGGGAUGGCAGCGAACACAGCAUGAAUCAAUCCAAGUUUAGGGAGUUGGGGAGAAGCAGCAGCAGGGAGCAGUUUGUACAGAUCUGUGGGAUUAGAUCUCACUGGGGUUUCCAAGCCAGAGCUUCUGCUGCAGGGGCCCAAGUCACCUUCCCCUGUAACUACAGGACAGGUGGUAACCCUAUAACUGCCACAAAAAAGGUGGGGGGAUGGGGAGAUGGGUGCAUGUUGACCAAAAAAAUUAUAUAACCUUAAAAAAAUCAUCAUUUUGUCAGUCUCAUGAUUUUUUUUAAACUCCUGACAUUAGCAGCACUGGGAGAGCCAGGGAUAGGGUGGUUUAACCAGAGGGAAUUGGAAGGAGCAACAAGAAAAAUAUAAAUUUGAAUAAAGGGAGAGUCGAUGAAAAAUGCUGGAGAACAGAAAUGAGAAGAGUGACAGGAAAAUAUCUCCGAUGGGAACUAUCCUGGGGCAGCAAGAGGGGAAGGUAUAAAAUCAGGAGAAAGAAGGGAGCACCCAUGGGGGAUGAUCUAUGACAGGGAGAGGAGGAGGGUGGGAGAGACACAGGAAAAUAAACGAGUCAGAAGUGAGGGUUAGAAAAACGAAUAGAAAGGGACAGUAUGGAAGGAAUGGGAACAUGAGAGGGACAGAGAUUUUUUUAAAGUUACUGAAAGCGACACUGUAACUCAUUAAUUCCUGUAUUAAUUCCGGGAUGACUGUUCUGUUGUUGUGCCAUUAAGAAAACUGUUCUCAGUAGCUGGGGAAUCUCCUUUCCAUGCUGUGGUUAUUAAGGCAUCUUCUCGGCUCCCUUUACUUACCACUUUUAGUUACUUACUAUAAAUAAAACAUUACAAACAAUUA